CCAAAAAAUACUGAAGCGAAAAAAUGAUUGUUUUAUAUGGCCUUUUAGCACUGUUGCUUAUAAUCCACUACUACUUCACCAGAACAUUCAGUUACUGGAAGAACAGGAAGAUCGUCUACCAAAAACCUGUGCCGUUCUUUGGGAACCUAAAAAAUGCCGCGACCCGCAAGGAAAACUUGACCGUCACUUACAAGGGAGUCUACGACGCGUUCCCUCAAGAAAAGAUCGUGGGAUUCUUCAGAAUGACGACACCCUGCCUCAUGAUUCGUGACUUGGAAGUUAUCAAGCAUAUUCUGUUGAAGGACUUCGACUCGUUUGAAGACCGUGGUAUAGAAUUCAGCGACGAAGGUUUGGGAACGAACUUGUUUCAUGCCAACGCCGAAACGUGGCGAGUGCUGAGGAAUAAGUUCACGCCACUAUUCACUACGACGAAGCUGAAGAAUAUGAUGCACUUGAUGACCGAGCGAUGCGACCUCUUCAUGAAACACCUGAGAGAUACGAGCCAGACAGAACAUGAAAUACAUUUGCUCUGCCAGCGGUACACGAUGUCGACUAUAGCCGCCUGCGCCUUCGGAAUAGACAUCGACAUGGUCAACGACUCCUUCAUAGACAACAUAAACAAAAUCGACAAGCUGAUAUUCACCAAAAACUUCUUCUACGAGGUGGACAUGAUGUACCCGGGAAUUUUGAAGAAGCUAAAUCUGUCUCUAUUCCCGGCGGAGAUAACGAACUUCUUUCAAGAUUUGGUUAAAAAAGUGAUGAACGAGAGAACAAACUCUAUAUCGAAUAGAAGAGACUUCAUAGAUUUAAUAUUGGACUUGAAGAAUACUGAGACUCUGAGCUCCAAAUCGAGAAACGGCGAGAAAGAGCUGAGAUUAGAUUUGACUGAUGACAUAAUAGCGGCGCAGGCUUUUGUGUUCUAUGCGGCCGGCUACGAAACCUCGGCCACCACUCUCGCCUACCUAUUUUAUGAACUGGCAAAGAAUCAAGAUAUUCAACAAAAACUGGUAAAAGAAAUAGACGAUGUUAUUAAUGAGCAAAAUGGUGAACUAAAGUACGAAGCUAUUAGCUCUAUGCAGUAUUUGAAACAAGUAUUUGACGAGACGCUUAGGAAGUAUCCCCUAGUUGAGCUGCAAAGACGAGCGAAAGUAAAUUAUAGGGUACCGGAUACUAAUAUCAUUAUUGAAAAAGGGCAAACAAUCAUUAUAUCGUCUUUAGGUAUUCAUUACGAUGAAAAAUACUAUCCGAAUCCUGAAAAAUUUGACCCCGAACGAUUUUCUCCAGAAAAUUCUGCGAAUAGACACCCCUGUGCGUACAUUCCAUUCGGAGUUGGACCUAGGAAUUGUAUUGGAAUGCGCUUCGCAAAACUGCAGUCUUAUAUUUGCGCGGUGAAAUUAUUAAAACAAUAUCGGGUGGAAAUAUCCAGAAACACUAAAAAUGUAACUUAUGACCCCCGACGAAUUGUGAUGAGUCCAAAGGAUGGAAUUAUUUUAAAUCUUAUACCAAGGCGCUGAAACGGCCAUUGAGGUCGAUUAAAGAUGGAACUGGAUUACUUAAAUAGUAAGGUUAUACUAGCGUCUUAAAGUAGCUAAGUUAUUAUUUUAAUUAUAUAAUAUCUCGAAUAUAAAUAGGAAAAAAUAAUAACUAGCUGUCCCGGCAAAUGUAGUUUUGCCUGUUUGCCCAGUUUUCCUACUUUUCUCUUGAAGUUUUUUCUGAUUUUUUUAUCUAUAAACCUCAC